AUGGGAUCACACGCGCCAGCAGUCGCUAGCAAACCAGACCCAGAGAAGGGACCAUAUCAAGCCACUCCUUGGAAUAUCCAGCUCUCUGCAACAGACACACCAGGUUUCACUCAUGUUGAAAACCUGGAGCAGAGAAGCGCAGACCGGGCCUCAGAUCUAGUCAUGAACAACCACUCAAAGUUUCACGCCUUUCAUGACGAAAUUGUGGGAUUCCACAACCACAUUAGCCACCAUAUUUUAACGCUGUGGGCCUUGGGGGCUACUCCCGAUGAGAUGCAAGCUGCGUAUGACUUCAACAAGCCCUUUCAGCUUCUGACCUACUAUAACGAUCCCUCCGUCAACAUUAAAUUGCGGGACCCUGCGUUCUUUCGGCAAGGUCUAGGCAACUUUGAGCUAUAUGGGGACUACGUCCGCUUCUUCCAGGCCGAGGUGGCGGUGAAAGGUAUCCCCACUGUCUUGAAUGACUAUCUUUUCAAGGGAGACACGCUGGCAGAGGACCUGCUAGCCCGACUGUUUGCCGGCUUUCUCCACCCAUUGAUCAAUCUCGGAUUUGCCUUAGAGUUUCAACAGCCAUUCCUAGCGGCGGAAUGUCUGGCUUCAACAUGUCUCCACCCAUCAUAUCCUGCGGAGUUCCUCACCACGACUGACCAGCAUUUGGAACGUUACGGACGACCACGAAGUCUCCCAAUGCUCUCCAUUGUUGAAGGGAUGCGUCUAGAUCCAGUGGUCGCCACAGCAGUUAGGCCAGAAGAUGGCAACAAUCGAAUUGCUGAUGCCUUGCUGAAACGAGCCCUCAAGGAGCUAAUCCCCCACUUGUCCAACUUCCAGGUAGAGCGAACGGAGGAAGACCUCGCGCGCAAGACGGCAGAGAUACUGCAAGCCUCUGCCUACAUCUGUGGUGCGGCCCAGCAUCCGCGCAAAGUUGAAGCCCUUGACUUUGUGAUGCUGCAUUCACUGACGGCUGCCGUAUUCUUCCCCACCAUUAUUAGACAGGAAUGGAUGAGUAUAGAGACACGAGCUCGGCUAUUGGAGUGGAAAGGACGCUCAGACCUGAUCACCUAUGCGGCCCUGGGAUGCCCACAGUUGUACCCAGAUAGAAUCACCGGGUACCAACCCAAGCAAGUGGCAACUGGGUGGUCUGACGUGGUGCAGCGCGCACGUGUUUACCAGGACGACGGACAUACAUGCAAGGUCAUCCGAGCCCUUAUGUGUGCUGAAAAUGUGUGCCAACCCUUUGAGGGAGAGGAAGGUUUCCCUUUGAAGAACGCAGACUUUCUCACACUGGCACACAUGACAAUGGAUUCAGUCGAGCGCAUGUUGGAUCCGAAUUGGGUGCGGCAAACCGAAAAGGUCAAGCAGAUGUCGGCUCAAGGCCGCGGACAGCACUCACAGGUCUCUGCGAUCAUGUUGCGAUGGUCGUCCGACAACCAGAUCAACGCCUACUGCCGUUCUGCUUCAAAGCUGAACCGAUUGCAUCCCGAGAUCGCUCACCACCGUCAGGUGAAAGUGUGGGAAGGGUCACUGGAGGAUGUAUCGUUAGUAUCCGAAUGCAUUCGAGGCACGCGAGCUGUCUUCAUGGUAGUCGCGAUUCCCGACAACAUGCCAUACUGUACCAUCGCCCAGGACUGUACCAAUGCCGUGCUUAACGCUCUCAGAAAGCUGCAAACAGAAGGGUUCCAGUCGCUACCCCAGUUAAUUGUUCUAUCUUCUGCUAGCCUCGAGGACUCUUUGUGCGCCGACGUUCCGCCCUUCAUUCACCGAAUCCUCAACACAGCCGCUGGUAAUCUCUACAGUGACCUAGCGGAGGCCGAGAAGAUCCUACGUGCUCAGAAGCAUUGGGUGUCCACAACUUUCGUCAAACCUGGCGGACUAGUGCACGACGUGCAACGUGGUCACACCCUCAGCACAAAAGCCGCUAAGACGCCAGUUUCCUUCCUCGAUGUGGCAGCAGGGAUGGUGGAGAUUGCUAAUGUGAACGAUAAGAGAUAUGACAUGAAGAAUGUGAGUGUCAAUGCGAUCGGGGAUAGGACGGCGUUUCCGUGGAAAGGGGUAUACUAUGUGAUGACUGGGCUGCUAUUCCAUUUCUUUCCUUGGACCUACAAGUAUUUCGGGGAUUGUCCCAUGCCCAAGUCCAAGAAAUAUCUGUAA